GCGUGUAAACGAUUGGAUCCAGCGGACAGUUUAAUGUGGCUCUGCGCAGUAAUCUGGUCCCAGUGUGAAUGGAGACAGUGUCAGAGCUGCUGCUGCAGAGUUCAGCUCUGCUGUGAAGGAUUGGAUUACAACUCAUCAGCACACACACAGGAAACACUGCGGAGCUGGAUCCCUCUGUUAUUCACACUUAUUCUGUGUUUUUAUUUUUAAAUUCUCCUUUUUCUACAAGUUUCUGUUAUUUUUUGUCAUUUUUCCGUUUUUCUUUCCUACUUUUUUCCUCCAUCUUGUCUUUUUCUUUAUUUCCAAACCCUCCAUUUCCUCCUUAAUUCUGAUUUCCUACCUUCCUCCUUCUCUUUCUUUCUUUUUAACUUGUUUGAUUUUUCCUCCCUCGCCUACCUCACCCCUCUCUUCUCCUCUCCUCUCCUCCCUCGUCCCCCCUCUCAGUCUCACUCCACCUCUCUGUGUCUCUCUCUUUUCUUCUGGCUCACUGAGUCGCAGUAAAUCCUAUUGUGAUGCUAAACUGAUUUUCGGAAGAGAGAGAGAUAGAAAGAGAGGCAGACACAGAGAGAGGGAGAGGUUUGGGUUUCUGUUUCUGACCAUAUCUGAUCUGACCUUCGUCCAUCUCCAACUUUUAUGACUUUCUCCUGUCUGUAAACUUUCUCUCCUCCUCCUCAGACUCCUGCGGGAGCUUUCGGUGUGUUGUUGGGGGUCUGUUCUCCGGAGGAUCAGCCGCUCUCUGCACUUCAGGAAUGCACUUUGCAGGAAACGCAGCUCGGUGCUCGGACACCUCCUUCUCUCCUUUAUUCUCACCGAGGAGCUAUAAAUGAAUGGAGGAAAUGCGCUCGUAAAGGAGACACCGUUUUGUGCAGUCCCCGGGCUGAGAGGACAAGAGGGGCCCGGAGAGAGCGCUCCCCCGGCCGGGCAUGGAGAACGGCGUCCGGGCGGGGCUCCAGCAGCAGCAGGCGGCGGGCGGAGGAGGAGGAGGAGGCGGCUGGGUGCUGGUGGAGGCCCGGCUGCAGGGAGGAGCACCGUGGGGAUUCACCCUGCAGGGCGGCCUGGAGCACGGAGAGCCGCUCAUCAUCUCCAAGGUGGAGGAGGGCGGCAAGGCGGACAGCUUGGAGCAGCCUCUGCUGGUCGGGGAUGAGAUCAUCGUCAUCAACGAGGUGGAGCUGACUGGAUACAGACAGGAGGCCAUCGCUCUGGUCAAAGGAUCGUACAAGACGCUGCAGCUCACCGUCCGCAGGGAGUUUGAUCCAGGAUACAUCGAGGAGUUUGGCUCUUCACGUCCCUCCAUCCCUGCUCUUCCUCCUCCUCCUCCUCCUCCUCUUACAUCUGUAUCACCACCUCCACCACCACCACCACCACAACAACAACAACAACAAACACCACUGUCAUCCCACCGAAGCAGAACAUGUUCAGCGGGAGGAGUCCAGCUACGCAUCAAGAACAGACGCAGUGAGCCGGCGUCCCGUCCUCACUCGUGGCAUUCGUCGAAGCUCGGUGAAGGUCAGCAGCCGUCGGAUCAGGGAGGGAUGGACACGAUGAGCAGCGCCUGGCACCACGGCUACCACGCCAGUGCCUCAACCACCGACCUGUCAGGUGGGUUUGACUCUGGCGGCAGCUACCUGAGGAAGAGUCCGGACCAGUACAGCUCCAGGGGCAGCAUGGAGAGCCUUGACCCUCCGCAGUCCUCCCAGCUUCACUCUGGAGCUCAGCACCACCACCCACUGGGCCACCACACCCACAGCGGACCCCACCCUGCCUACUCCUCCUGCCACCAGCUGUCCUCUGCCAGGUCCUCCAACAGCAUCGACCACCUCCACAGCAAACGAGACUCCGCCUACUCCUCCUUCUCCACCAGCUCCAGUAUCCCAGAGUAUCUUGCCUCCACGCCUUCCUUCAGCCCAGAGCGCUCCUAUUCGCUGGAAACCGUCCCUCAGAGAGAAGGAGGAAGUGUCGAUAUGCAGCAGGCUGACAUGUGUUACGUCCGGACGGUUUAUGACGCCCAGCAGGGCCUAUCGCAAGAGCAUGAGCUGAGCUCCACCUCUGCUGCGAUGCUUCGCAACAGCGAUUCCAGAGGCGGGGGAGGGAUGAGGCCGGGGCAGAGCCGAGAUAUGCAAGGUUCGGUGGGAGGGGUCUGUUACCGUGGCAGCAGCAGUGGCAGCAGCAGCAGUAGCGGCAGCAGCAGCGGUGGUGCACCAGCAUCAAACAGACACAGUGUAGGUCCAAUAUGGGGCCCGGCGGCCAGCCGCAGCUCCUACGAGAGCCUAAAGGGGGCGCCGGCCCCGCCGAGGCGCAGCGACAGCUACGCAGCCAUCAGGAACCACGAGAGACCGAACUCCUGGUCCAGUCUGGAGCACGCCCGGUCACUACGGUCUCUGCAGAAAGGUUCCUGGCAUCACUCCAGUGGCUCUGUGGCUUCAGGUGCAGCUAAGGGCUCGUACAGCGCCGAAGGUCAGCUCCACACAGUGAUAGAGAAGAGUCCAGAGAGCAGCCCCACCACAAAGCCCCGGCAGGGUGGAGGCUUCCCCCAGCCCCCUUCUCCUACCGGGCACUCUUCCGGACCUGCAGGCCCUGUCCCCCAGUCUGGCCGGCUCAUUCUACCCACGGGCACAUACCCUGUCCCACAGCUUGAGCCCCACUACGCACAGAUUCCCAGUGCUGGCCCCGGUCCAGCCUCCUCUGGAGUGUACCCCGCCUUGGCUAAGGAGAACAGCCGACAGCAGCAGCAGGGUGUCGGAGGGAGAGAGGAAGGAGCAACGGAGAGGCGGAGGGAUGGAAGGAUGUCAGCGACAGAAAACGGAUACCAAAACAACACUUCUUCUUCACUAUACCCCUAUUCUUCUUCGUCAUCGUCUGCCUCCACACAGCUCAGGACUCAAGCAUACGAGGCUGACAGGCCUCAACAGGAAGAGUCUAACUAUGAACUCUACAGACCCAACAUGAAAACUGCCAGAGAGGGAUCAGAGGACCACACAGGGGCUCAAAGGCCCCCAAACCACCAGGGACCUCAUGGUCAGAGCUUCCAAGGGCCCCAUAUUCAUGCAAGCCAGAGAGCCCAGAGCCAAGUGUCCCAGGAGCACAACCAGGAUUUCCACAGGGCCUCAACUUCACAAGAUUGGAGGGACCCCUACAUGCCUGUCCAACCCAGGGGAGAAAGGAGGAGAUCAAUGGACCAGACCAGCGUUCAUUCGGAGCCAGUGACAUCCUCCAGGAUCCCCCAAGGACAAGUGCCUCCUUCCCACUUACCUGCUCAGCCUCAGGCUCCACCCGCCUCCGCCUCCCAGAAUUCACCCCGUCACUUCAGUGACUCAGCAGCUCUGCAGUACCAGCACUGGGACCACAGAGAGCAUGACAAAGACCGAGAACAUCCACUGACCCGUCUGGAGAUCGCCCUUGCCGAGGUCCAACGAUGCGCCAGCCCCAACAGUGUUGCCUCCGCCAGUAGCCAUGGCAAUGGUAGCCAAGGUGAUGGCAGCCAGGGACCUAACCGCAGCCUCUCUGUCCUGGAGAAGGUCAGCCGCUUCGAGCGUCGCACCGCAAAGCAGCGCAGUCACAGCACCACCAACGCACAGGACAAAGCCACCCAUCUGAGGAUGACAGAGAAAGGCCGCAGCCCCCCCUGUGGAGCAGAUGACCUCAGAAACAUGCUGGAGAGAAGCACCGGUGGGACCAAAGCCCACAGGACUAUGAGCUACAGAGGAGGCAGCACUGAGCACAAGAAAUACAGGACCCCAGCAGAUCCAAGUUCAGCCCUCCAGAGAAGCCGCAGCAGCUUCCAGCUGCAAGAAACCAGGGAGGGCGACAGCAGCAAAGACUUUCCCCGGACACAGGACAUCCAGGAGAUAAUGGGCACCAUGCAGGACACGUCCUUCAACAGAUCUUACAGGGACACUUUGAAAGACGCCCAAUCCAAGGUCCUACGGUCCACCUCCUUCAGACGGAAAGACCUCAGCUCCUCAAUCAACCCUCCGCCUCCUGCAGCUCCUCCUCCCGUUUCCUCCUCCAGCGGCCAUCAACCUCCACCUGUCCCUGCAAAGCACCACUCCCUGGAGAAAAAAGGCCCCAAAACCAUGCCCAAACCACAGGGCAUCAUCAUCACACCACAGUCGGCAGCACCGGUCACUUCCCUGCACACCCCGAAGGAGCGGCAUGUGGUCAGCCCAGAGACACGAGGCCCGAGCCCCCCAGCUCUCCCCAGUGUCCCACCCGUUGGACAUCCUGGUCUGUUACGGAUCUGCGGCCGCAAGCGCCUGACAGCAGACCAGAAGAAGCGAUCAUACUCAGAACCAGAGAACUUGAACGAGUGCGGGGUUUCAGAUGCAGAGACUGUUGCCCUCUUCAGGCGUGGAGGAGAGACCAGCGUGGCAGACCGGCGGAAGAUGUUCGAGCUUGUGGCAAGUCGUGUUGGGGGCGGGGCUAUGCAGAAUGCCACAUCAAGGCCUGAAUUGCGGCAGCUUCAGCAUGACGCUCUCGCAGAAUACGUGGAGAGGAAGAGAGGCGUGCAAAGAGACAAGGGAGGACAGAGGAGUGGAUCAAGGCCCCAUAGUGCCUAUCUACAGCCUGACAACAGCAACUAUAUAGACACCCUCAGCCUCUCCUCCACCUCCAGCAUGCUCUCCCUGCAGGACUCUGCUGCAGAUCGAAGCUUCUCCUCUGGAGAGAGGCGUCCCUGCCCCACUCUCCCUCCUGGAACUGACCUGUGGAGCCACCAGUCCAACCUCUUCUACCCAGGCAGGGUGACCACUCCGAGGGCUCCGGUGCACCCAUCUAUUAGUGCUCCUUCUGGCUCCCUUCCUGAGCCCCAGGCACAGAUCCCCCAGGACGUGCCCCAUGAAACAGGGCUCAGCAGACAGAGUCAGUCCUCCAGCAGAGACCGCGGCCUUGACCUCCAGCAACUGGCCGUAGAGCCUCAGCUCAAGCCGGGACUGUCCCAGCAGCUCAACGGGGCUCUGCAGAGGGCCGGGUCAGCUCGAGGCUCCGGAAAGUCAGCCUCUGCCGAGGAUCUCCUGGAGAGAUCCGAAGAGAUUCCAAUGACUCCUCAACACUACCGCUCCCGCUCCUCCCCCACAGUGGAGAGGCUGAACCAGGACUUCCCUUCAGGCAACGUCAGCAUGUUUGACGUCUUCAUCUCUGAACCUGGACGCCACUCUCUGGCCGAGGACAGACCUGCAGAAGUCCAGCUACCAGGCGGCCUCAUCUCAACUCAACACUCCCGAAACAGUCUUAACACCAUCCAGCCUGCAGGACCUUGGCAAGACCAAGGCUCCUCCCACACUCCAGUCACUCGUAGGGAGCAAAAGAGGAACAGCGAGCGGCAGCGAACCUACAGCACCUCCACCUUGGCAGCCUCCGUUGGCCUGCCCUGCCCCCUUUCCCCCCCUGGGACUCAGGGUGCUAGCAACGCUGAGUGGCAGGCAAGCGAGAGGCUGAGCAAGGCCAACCUGGAUGCCAUCACCUUCCCAGGCAUCCCACAACCACCCACAAAUGAUAGUAAUGGCAGUAACACUGCUGACAACAAUGAAACCCUGGUGAUGGAAAGACAGACAAGACACAGCUUGAGUGAUGCCAGCAUACUAGAAGACACUGCAAAGGACACGUAUAGAGAGAGAGCCUUCAGUUUAGAGAUGAGAAGAGGGUAUUCUGCAGAAGUCGCUAAACGAGUUUCACCAGUGAUGCAGACACCCUUGCCCCAUUUCCAGCUUGCAUCCCCACCAGACAGGAAGGACAGCAGGAGCAUGGCAUCAUCUCCUCUGCCUUCCUCCCAUCCGUCCAGUCCCCAGCCCCUGUCCUCAUUGCGAAUAUCUGAGUCCAGCUUCUUCAGCUUCACUGACCACCAGCAACCACUAGAAUCCUCCACAGGCCUAUCGCAGGACGACUUUGACGAGGUCUUCCUCCAAAAUCCUGCUCCUCCGUCACCUCCUCCGCCAAUCAAAGAGACAAGCAUCUUGGAGGACUUCCCUCCUCCACCUCCUCCACCUCCUCCCCAUGAGUUGCAGCAGGAAGCUGGACACCAGAAUGUGGGAAGUACGGAGUUCUUAAACAACUCCAUCAUUCCAACCAGGAAGUUAUCCCUCCAGUCCCCUCCAAAGUCCCCUACUUCCUCCGUCGUUCCUUCGUCUGUGCCCAUCCCAACUCCUUCCCUAAAGCCACAGCCCUCCACCAUCACCUCUAUUACCACAUCCACCACAGCCGAGGACAGCCUAGGUCUUGAGUACCAGCCAAUACCUAAGAGGGAAAAGACAUCAGAGGAGCUGCGAGUGGAGGUGCUGGCCCGGCAGCUGAUGUCACAGGACAGCUCUCUGGCACCUCUCCUGGACACGUGGGGGGGUAAAUCCACUGUGGACCUAAUGGAGGAGAUAUUUCCAAACAGCAAAUUGGUUGAUAAAUCACCAUGGCAGCGCAGGGGCAGCAGCAGAUUGGAUGACAGGAUCCAAGAUGGCGUCUGUGAUCCUGCUCAGAGCACGACAACAGAUCAGCAGAAGGAGACCGAUCUGGAUGAGGAAGAGAAAGACCUCAACACCAGGAAGGUGGAGCUGUGUGAGGCUCUGAGGCGCAGCGUGGCGGCCCUGCGGCAGGAGAAGGAGGCGCUGUGUGAGGAGCAGAAAUGUCACCAGGCGCUCGGGGCGAGCAUCGAAACACUGGUGCAGGAACGCCUCAAAACCAACGAGAGGGACAAGUACAGCAUGUUCAUCGGAGAUCUGGAGAAGAUCGUGAACCUGCUGCUGUCUCUGUGCAGCCGGCUGGCGAGGAUCGACAGGUCGCUGCUCGCUCUGGAGAGAGAGGACAUGACGCAGGAGGACAAAGCGGACGAGAGGGACUGCCUCCAUCACAAGCGCUCUCUGCUCCUCGGUCAAACCGAAGACGCCCGGGAGCUGAAGGAGAACCUGGACCGGCGGCAGCGCGUGGUCCACGGCAUCCUGUCCGGCUACCUCACCGAACCGCAGCUCCAGGACUACCGCCACUUCGUCAGCACCAAACCCUCCCUUCUGAUUCGCCAGCGGCACCUAGACGACCUCAUACGGCAGGAGGAGGAGCAGCUGACGCGACUGGUCGAGAGCCUGCCGCAGGAGCUGGCGGAGGCUCACGGUUGGUCGAGAGGGGGUCUGUUCCCAUCACCGAGCCCCGCCCACUGCUCCUCCCCUUUCCCACCGCUGCUGCCACCCUCCGUGAUGCCAGGCCCCGGCCACGUAGUCCGCUCCACCACUGUGACGUCACUGUGAUGUCACGGACAGGCCGCUGUUCUGAGCGGCAGUGAAGGAUAGAAAAUGAAGAAGAGACAGCUGGCUCCCUAAAAACUUGCUCUGAGCUCUGAACUGAAGGAGCUGUACAUGAAGGAAGCGUCGGCCUGAAACAGGCUCCGUUCACACUGAAACUAUGCAGACUUCACACAUGAAGAAGAGAAACCUUUAACGUGCCUCAUUCUGUUCACACGUGACUGUGCGUUACACUUCUGUUCACCUCGACAUCAGCGACCAGCGCUGUGUGGAAUAAAGCUACUGCUGCCAACAUUUCUAAUGACCCUCUGGGAGGUUCACCGUCAGAUGCUCCAAAGGACAAUUCCAGUGUUGUGGGUAACUUCCUGAGGUUUUCUAACCCUCAUCGUGUUCGACAUAUGUUUCUAAAUAUUCCUCUCAGUCCAGAUGAGCGCGGAGCUUUAAGGCUGUAAACGUUAAAAUCAGCUUUUUAUGUUUCAUUUCCAGAUAGAUGAGAUUACAGGGGACCUAAAAGGGAUAGUUCAGAUUUUUUAAGCGAGGGGUGUAUGAGGUAUUUAUCCAUACUCAGUGUAUUACCUACAGUAGAUGGCAGUUUGCUUGCGCCCAGUUUGGAGAUGCAGACAGAAAUACCGCCAUGGAAGCUAAGCAAUGCACUGCUGUGGACGGGGCAGCAACACAAUGUAUUUCAGCCACCUAAAAAAAUUGAUAUCAGUUUAAGUGUGCGAUGUAUUUAGAGUAUUUUCAUGGCUUUACUUUGCUGUCAGACAGUGCUUUCUGACAGGAAAGUGCAGCCACUGUAUCUCUCUCUUCAAGGCCACCACACUCCACUGAGAAAAACAGUGAUUUAACAUUGCUAAACACAGGAGCUGCUGGUCUACCACUGCCUUGAUAAGUGAGUUUCAUUGGUGUAAAUUUGGAUAGUGAAGGCAGUGUGGUUGCACUGGGGCCCAAGUGCCACCUGGAAAUUCGCCCAUGUUCAAAGACGAACUAAUUGAAAACAGUGUGAUUUAUAUAUAUACCUUCAAAAAGGCAAACCGAUCGUCGUCAUGGUUUUCUUUGUGGUGAGAUAUUCAGUAUCAAUGUGUAAGAAAAUUAUAUAUUAUGUGGAUUUAUUCUACCUUGUGCCAUUUUUACUUCCACGGAUAUUCAGUGUCAGCAACUAUACUCAACCAAAGUGUCUCGGCUGAAAGAAACGCAUCUCCAAAGUGCUCUCUCGCACUCCCAGCUUGGUGGAGACGAGGCUUUAAAUAUGUUUUGCAGCGGCCCCCAUCCACAGCAGUACAUCGCUUUAGUUCAAUGUCGGUACUCCUGCCUGCUUCUCAAACUGGGGGCAUGCCGACUGACAUCUACUGUAGGAAAUUCACUGACUAUGGAUAAGUACCUCAUACAAACCCACUUCAAAAAAUCUGAACCGUCCCUUUUAGUUCCCCAGUUUCGGCCCUACAUUCACCAACAUCAUGAAAACUCCUCGACACCAGAGAGUCUUAAUCAAACUGACUGUAAUACUGACACAGACUUUCUAUACAUCAGCCUGAAUCAUAAAUAAAAGGAGAGAAAUUUACUUCCACUCUGGAAUUGUCCUUUAACGACCCUGACGGUGCUUUCAGGAACCUCAAACCUUCAGACGUUCCUCUUGAAACUCUAUUUCUAACAAGAAGACAAAGUGAGCAGGUGUUUUAUCUCCCAAAGACAAAAUACUCUCUUCUUUAGAAUGAAAAAUCACUUUUUAUCAAACUUUUCAGAAGGUCAUCGUCUGCUCAUGUUCAGCCAACGGACAAAAUAUAAAUCAACACCAAAAUACGAGGGACACUGUUUUGAUUUUACUGCAACAAAAAGACUCAGAGGAGUCUGAGUGCACAGAUCCUGCUCUGAUCACUGUCACAUGAUACUGUAACACUACUGUCACUACUGUCUGCAGCUUGUAGCACUUUUCACUGUAGCAGCUCCACUACUGUCUGCUGCAGGAUUUUUACACUGAAUCAUUAACAUUGCUCUGCUUGUGCCUCUUUAAAAGACGAUGUGAUGAAACAUUUGAUGUUAUAAAAAAUUAGAUUCCAAAGAUUUUCACUGGAUGAUUUGUUUGCAGACAUCAACUUGGUCUAAGUUUGGAUUUGAGGUGUUGUUUGGUCCAAAAAUUGAUAAUUCUUUUCUUCCCUUUUCAGCAUUUUACUUAAGAAUAACCGAAUUUUUACAAAUAAAAAAACGCCACAGUUUACUUUAUCAAAAGAUAUUUAAUUUAUAAUCAUAUAAACAUAAAAAAGUGCUGAUAAUUGUCCUAUUGAUCACCUAAUUCAUUAAAAUGACCUGUUUUGUCUUAAACAUUAAAUGCCUCGUUCAGUUUUCCAGGUUCCAACAAACUUAAACAAGCUGUCUCGGGGUAUUUUAAUUUUAUUUCGCUGGUGUUCACAUGUGGGUAUCUGUGAUAUAAAACCAUUCCAGUUCUGAUAAAACUGUCUGUCGGCUGUCAGAGGAAUACAGGCUGCACAGUGUAACACUGAAAAGGAAUUCAACACUACUGUUAUUAACAAACUGUGCGUCAUAUCUGUUUCAGAAAAGCAAUAAGAAGCUGAAAAUCUUUAUUUAAUCUCUGCCUGCUGUUGUUUCAGUUACUUGUAUCAGUCAAGGACGCUGAUGUGAUCACAAAUUUAAAGUCUCAAGGUCAUAACCUUGAUAGGGAUUUUCACACUGCCUGUUCUUAGCCCCUUUUUCACACACACGGUGUUAACUCAGUGUUAACCUGAGCCCAGGGCUACAUGAUUCACACUGCACUUCUACUAGCCCUGGGAAACACGUCAGCUGUAACUCGUGUCUAAUGUUUACAUUCUAAAACGACGCGUGACUGUUUGACAGCGAGCAGCGUUGUUAAAAUGUGGCCGUUAGCAGGAAUUUUUGUGAGCGAGGUGCUAAAAGAACAAAAUGAGAGGGAACAGCAGAGACAGGAAAAACUGAGAAGAACACAGAUGGUGGAAAAAUGUUGGCAUUGUAGGUUCCUGCAAACCAUGAAAACAUGACAUUUGCAUAUUAUUAUGUAGCAGAUACAUUCAAAGUUUUUGAACAAUGCUGUGGUUAACGUGUGGUUAGGUUUAGGCACAAACACCACUUGGUUAUGGUCAGGAAAAGAUUGUGAUUUGGAUUUAAAUACCCAAGUUUAUGGGCACAAUCCCACCUGGAGGUGCAGCGAUGUCUUAGUAAAAACAACUGCUUUUCAUGACACUAUUCCAACAGGAAAAACAGCAACAGGUGACGAAAAUACACCCAUGUUUGGUGAGCUAGAAACACAGCAAUGACUCACUAAAAAACAGUCGGUUUUCAUCACACUGUUGUGGCAGAAAAUGCAACUAUGGCUCAGUAAAUUACAACUGCUUUUCAUAGUAAUGUACCUGGUGGAAAAACAGCGAUGGAUUGCUAAAAUACACCCAAGUUUGGUGGCUAUACUGCAGCUAGAGACACAGCUGUGACUCGCUGAAAAACAACCUGUCUUCAACGCACUAUUCUGGCAGAAAACCCAACAAUGGCUCAGUAAAAACAACUGCUUUUCGUGGCACAAUACCUGGUGGAAAAACAGCGAUGGAUUGCAAAAAGACAUCCAUGUUUGGUGGCUAUAACGCUGCUAGAAACACAGCGAUGACUUGCUAAAAAAACAACCUGUCUUCAACACACUAUCCCAGCAGUAAACGCAACAAUGGCUCAGUAAACAAACUUUUAGUGGCACUAUACCUGGUGGAAACACAGCAACGGGUUGCUAAAAUACACCCAUAUUUGGUGGCUAUAUUGCAGCUAGAAACACAGCUGUGACUCGCUAAGAAACAGUCGGAUUUCAUCACACUAUUCUGACAAAACACAGCAAUGGCUCUGUAAAAAACAGCUGCUUUUCAUGGCGCUAUACCUAGUGGAAAACAGCGACAGGUUGCUAAAAUACAUCCACAUUUGGGGGCUAUAUUGGAGCUAGAAAUACAGUGAUGACCCACUUAAAAACAACCAGUUUUCAUUACACUAUUCAGACAAAAAACAACAAUGGCUCAGUAAAAGCAACCACGUUUCGUUGCACUAUACCUGGUGGAAAAACGGAGAUGUAUUGCUAAAAUACAUCCACAUUUGGUGGCUAUAACGCAGCUAGAAACACAGCUGUGACGCGCUAAAAAACAACUGCUUUUCAUCACACUAUUCUGGCAGAAAACACAACAAUGGCUCAGUAAAAACAACCCCUUUUCAUGGCACUAUACCUGGUGGAAAAACGGAGAUGCAUUGCUAAAAUACAUCCACAUUUGGUGGCAAUAACACAGCUAGAAGCACAGUGAUGACUUGCUAAAAAACAACCUGUCUUCAGUGCACUAUCCCAGCAGAAAGCACAACAAUGGCUCAGUAAAAAGAACCCCUUUUCAUGGCACUAUCCCCGGUGGCAUUUUGCAAUCAAGUGAUGUUACUGCCUGAACCCUUAUGUACAGCUGCAUUCACUUGUCUUGUAUGCCUGAAGAAGGUCACAGUGACCGAAAGCUUGCAUUAAACUGACAUAUGCACAGUGUUUGAGUGUGCAGCUGCUGUUUUAUGGCACUAUCCCCGGUGGAAAAACAGCAGUGGGUCACUAAAAUACACCCACAUUUGGUGGCUAUAACGCAGCUAGAAACACAGCUGUGACUCGCUAAAAAAUAAGCAGUUUUCAUCGCAAUAUUUUAGCAGAAAACGCAGUGAUGACUUUUCAUGGUACUAUCCUAGGUGGAAAAACAGCAACAGGUCACUUAAAUAUACAAUAUAAUAUUAGUAUAAAAUAAUCUUUCAAAAAAAGAAGAAAUGUUAAUAUGAUUCAUAUGAUAAUUGCAAAUGUAACGUAUUUGUGGUUUGCAGAAACGUAGAAUGCCAACAUUUUCUCCUGGCGACUGGGCGGACAUGUUCCAUUUCUCCUCAACUGACAUCUCCGAUCACAGACUCAGGAACAGCGCCGUUUCCGCCUGCAACCAUUUCGAUCUUUUUAAGUCACACGUUGUUUUAAGUUAGCCAGUUUGCGAGUUUCGUAGUAGUUUCCAUUGCCGUCAGUGUUGAGUAUGCACAUACUGAUGAUAAAAGAAGUAAUGUGAUUGGACAACAAAACCAAGAUGCAAACUGCCUCACAUCUGUUUCACACUGAUAAAUUUAAGCCACGUGUUUAGUUGAUUUUCAGAGGAUAACUCUGAGGUUCAACCUGCUUCAGAGCAGGACGAGCAAGCCUGGUCCUAACGUCAGGAUUAUCCCACUAAAGGCAGUGUGGAAAUGAUUAACCCUGAUGACAUCACUAUGACAUCAUCAGGGUUACUCUCUCAAAUGUCUCCAGAGCCACAGCAGAUAUUAGACAAGUGUUUUUACAGCAGUACCGCCCAUUUAACCCAUAAACUGACCUUCAUGUGUGCCCCUUUGAUCUUAUUUGAACGGUCCACCUUCAUGACGUCACUUUGUGGUCAUGGAAAAUUAAAAUAACCCUGAAAAUACCAACGUUAACAUAAAAAGUUACAAAUUAAAAAAAUUAAAUUUUGGUCACAAUCAUAAAAUAAUGCUUUCACAAUAAUCAUAUUGUGAGAUUAAGUUGCUGUAAAAUAAUUUGCUCUGCAUUUUUACCUUCAUUUAAGAGUGCACUGUCCCCUCUGGGCUCCCGUAGUUUUCCACAGAACACAUUCUCCCACUUUGGAUCAACUCUUCAGUCUGCCAGUGAUGAAUCAGGUUUAUAUUCAAGUAACACCAGUUUUUCCAUGUAGCAUGUGCCGUUUGGCUUCCCUACAGUUCAGUUCUUCUGGGGACUCCAAAUGGCGUAAAUCUGUAUUUAUUGUUUAACUAACAGCAGCAGCAGUGAGAGGGUUUUCACACAGCUGACCAGUUUUAUCCGUUUCAUCCACACCAACAUUUUACUGUUUGAGUUUUUAGAGCACCUUUUAAAUAAAUAUUCUGUUUGUCAUAUUCUCUGAGCGUCACACACACACACACACACACACACACACACACACACACACACACACAGUCUGUCCUCGUCAAUAACCCAGAUUUUAUUGUUCAUUAUUGUUUGUUCUUGUUGUUUCCAGAGGCACAGCAGCAGAAUAUCUCAGACAUUUUAUCAGUGAAUGAAAUUCAAUGUUCGCUUUAUGAAAGAAGGACAAUUAAAUAACAGCUCCUGGUUUUUACAAAAUAAAUGUAUUUUGUAAAUGA